CCCGGCUCUUCCGGAAGUUGCUGCACAGUCGUUUCCGGGGCGGUGUGAGGAGGAGCAGAACUCCGAAUGGGUCGCAGCCGUAGCCGCACCCCACGAAGGGAACGUAGGCGGUCCCGGUCUACAUCCCGUGAGAGAGAACGCAGGCGCCGAGAAAGGUCCCGGUCCCGGGAAAGAGAUCGGAGAAGAAGCAGGUCGAGAUCCCCGCACAGAAGGCGCUCCAGAUCUCCUAGACGACAUAGAUCUACAUCUCCUUCCCCUUCUCGCCUGAAAGAAAGAAGAGAUGAAGAAAAGAAAGAAACAAAAGAAACAAAGAGCAAAGAACGUCAGAUUACUGAGGAAGACUUAGAGGGCAAAACAGAGGAAGAAAUAGAAAUGAUGAAGUUAAUGGGAUUUGCCUCCUUUGAUUCCACAAAAGGGAAGAAGGUAGAUGGCUCUGUAAAUGCCUAUGCCAUAAAUGUAUCUCAGAAGAGGAAGUACAGGCAGUACAUGAAUCGGAAAGGUGGAUUCAACAGACCUUUGGAUUUUAUUGCCUAAGAAUCAUUGAAGGGUUGUUGCUUUUUUCUUCAUCUUGGCCAGAAAGGAUUUUGUGCUUUGUAUUUAAUAUGCACCAAAACAGGAGCUUAGUUCUUCCUCCUUAUAAAGUAAGCAAAUCUUAUUUAUGAUGUGUGUAGUUCACUCAUCUUGCCUCUAAAGAAGAAAAGUUAAAUAAUACAUUUUUUUCUUUUAGGAAGUUCAUUGAGGGUAAUCAUCAGCCCCAUUUUCUUUGUCCUUAUUCCUGUGGAAGCUGUGUAUGUGUUCUUCUUGGAUGCUCAUUAGGACUUUUUAAAAAACAUGAAAGUAAUUUGGAUGUAAGUUUCUCUAAUAAAACAAUAUUUCUACCAUUUUA